CCGCGCAGCUUGACGCGUGAUGUGCUAGUGCCAGUGAAGUGACUGUGUGUGCACUAUGGGCUCUAUGCGAUACUUCAGCGCAGGCGCGCUGUUUACACUUGUCUUAUUAACAGAAUGUCUCGGGGCAAACGACCGUUCCCGGCAGCGCUCCGGACCAAUCAGGAGCGUUCCGGUCGCGGCGGAUAUAAAACGAGAGGCUGACUUCGACUGCCCCGAAGAGUUUGGCUACUACCCUCAUCCCACUGACUGUACGCUAUACUAUGUCUGCGUAUUUGGCGGCGCACUACUUGAAUCGUGUACUGGCGGUCUUAUGUACAGCCAUGAGCUCCAAACAUGUGACUGGCCACGUAAUGUCGGCUGCGAUGCUACCGGCGCUGUUGUCGCUGAAGACUUGGAGAGGCUAAAUGAGAGGGAACCACCACCACCUCCACCCCGCAGGAACCCACCACCAGCCCCACGUCUCCAGCCAAAACCAGUUGUCACCUCACGAGGACAGCCACAAUACAGUCGCCGAGAAGAAUAUGAAAAGCAACAACAAUUAUAUGCUGAGGUGGAUGAUCUACCACCAGUCGAAGAACUUGAAACCGACAGGCAACAGAGGGUGUACAGGGGGCAACCAUCAACAAUAGGACAGGUUCAAAAGGACAGAGACGGCUAUGUGUCACAGCCCAUAUCAUCUGGAAGGACUCUUAAUGCUAAUAUUAUUCCCGCUUCGUUGAACCAGAACAGCAAAAUUGGAUCAUUCUCUUUUGGAAGCCAGGUUGAUGAGAGAAGAACAGCUACAGCUACGCAGGCGCCUCAAACUUACAGUUUGGAACCCACUGAAAGCAUUCCACCAUCAUCUUUCUCGGCCAGCCCUCGCCCCAAAAUGCUGUACAACGGUUCUCAGGCAUACAGUCCUGACCAGUAUGAUCCUUAUUAUGCUGUUUAUGACGAAGAUGGUGAAUUAUACAAAGAUACAGAUUAUGUGCAGCAAUAUAACGUAGGCUCACUCCGCCCGGCAGUCCAGCAGACGUACCGUGGCACGCCACCACCGGCUCGCCGACCUGUAGAGUCCUACACGCCCAGACCCGUACUCCCUGACGACUACGAUGACGCACUCAUUCAAGGACAGAUACCUAAUCAGAAUCAGUAUCAGACAGCUAUUCGUCAACAGACAAGGGGCGAUGUUAAUGAAUUGGGCUAUGAUCAUGUUCCAAGCAGCGUGAGAACAACUAUUUAUGAAGCUACAUCCCUAAGCACAACUCCUCCAACGACAAGCACUACCUUUACCACUACUACCACUACUACCACGACUUCUACCACAAAACGUCCAACCACUGCACCCUUCAAAGAAACAAUAACUGUGACUCGUUUUAGUCCAAGAUCGUCAACUGAUGAAAAUUCAUUUCGCGAUUCCAAUCCUAUCGAAAAGCGAACAAAUCUUAAUGAAUCCACCUCAACUCUUCCCGCAACUUUAUCCUCUCGUAUAAACUUUUCGUCCCAUGCAAAACCCUUUGAAAAGACUGACAACCUUAACAGGUUAGACGAUAACUUACCCUCGACUGAUAAUUUACCGACUCGCAAACCAGUUUCUAGAGUAACACCAAACAGUGAACAUAAUUUAAAAAUUGUUCAUGACAAUUAUAAACCUGUUAAUAAAAAAAUGAUAUCGUUAACUACAGGCUUUUCUAUUCGACGAAAUUCAAAUGAUACUGAUAAUCCUUACACAUUGACUGUAAGAACAAAACCGUUUGAACCAUUUACUGCGCCAGUUAAAUCUUCCAAUAACAAUGUUAAUAUUAAAAAACAAGAUAUCCAGAGGUAUUAUUACGAUGUUGACAAAUACGUAGAUAAUCAUAAUAUUGAAAAUGAUUCUAAUGUGACUACAUUAAAAAGUAACAAUAAUGAAAACGUAGAAAUCGCAGAAGUUAAGGAAGUGUCAAAACAUAAGCGACCCCACGUAAAAGUAACACCCACACCAAAAACAAAAAUAAGAAUUGAUACUACUCCGUCAACAACAGAUUCGACAAAGUUUUACCUCAAAACAGUACGUAAAAGGCCAGCAACAUAUACCAACCCUAUCGAAAAUACCGUUUCGUCAACAGAUAAUAUUAAGUUGGACGAUAUUGUAGAUUCAGCGAUUCAGGAUGAAGAAAAAAUUGAGAAAUUAGAAACCAUGCAAUCUAGUACGUCUAAGUUUUCUGAUGACCAACUAGACGAUAAAUACUUACAUAAUAGACAGUGGGAUGAAUCUGUUAUAUCACCCUAUGAAACGCUCAAUAACUUACGUAAUAAAGAGACCGAACAUGAUUUAGAAUAUACAUCAACAAGUACUACUAGCACAUUACCCCCGAGACAAUUCUUAGAUGGCUACGUUAACAGAGAUAAGCCAAUAACACAAAAACCCUCGUACUACACGUAUCGCGUUGCAGAUGAAGACGUCUCAGAUCAAACAACUGAAGUAUUUAAUGGGAGAGUAAGAAAUAUUAUUAAAACAUUUUUCAAUAGCUUUACAAGUACGCCCCAAUUUUUAGAAACAACAUCCCUCUUCUCAACACCCCUACCAAAAGAAGAAGUUGUUAAUAUUGGCUUUCAAAAAAAGAAAAUAAAGUAUGCUGAAGAUAAACCUGUUCGAAACAAUAUUAAAUAUCUACAAAUUAUUACUGAGCCAAGUGUAACAGAAAUUCUUCCAACUAUUGCAAAUCUCCCGGAACCGGUAUCUGAAGUGACCGAUUCAUUCAUAACAUCAACGUAUAAUACACCACCAGUUCUUCCUCCCAGACAAAGUGAAAAAAAACAGAGCCAUACGAGUAUAUUAGAGAGUUCAACUGUAAAUGAAUUUGUUAACAUACAAAAACCUAACUCUUACGAGUCUAAAUUCUCAAAGUUUGUAACACACAAACCAGACAAUUUCAAAUCUGCUAAGUAUACAAAGAUACUUAGCAAGGAACCUUUAGUUGACGAUAUAGUCACUACACAAGCUUAUGAUCGAUCAUCAACCACGACUUUGUCUAACAUUGAUAUUAAGUAUAGUACAAGUGCGAAGUCAAUGGAACUCCAACCAAUAAUAGUUAGCGACAUUGCUUCAACUACAAGCACGACUAAAUCGACGACAACGACAAAAACUGAUUACGACUUGACUUCGACUAAAAAUUUACCUUUCCCAACUCGGGUAUCGCGAGUCAAUCCCGCCAUAAAGUUAGCGGUGAAAACCCUUGGAGAUGGGCGCAGGAGUUAUCAAUCGUCGCCAAAUUGCUCAACAGACAACCGUCUGCAAGCGAAUCCAAAAUGCAACGAAAUCAAAUACCAGAGACCAAGCAACACACGUGGUCGCGGUUCCGCGCACUAUUCUACUGGAUCUGAUUCUCCUCAACAAACUCCUAACCGAGGAACUCCACCAACCCGCAGUCGUCCAACAUUAAAACCUUCAACUGCUAUUGUGUCUAAGACAGCUGAAGCCCCAGAUAUAUACACCAUACCUCCAAGCCGGCCCGCACCAGUAUACCCACAACCAUUGCCAGACAAAACCGCAGCCAAAUGCAGAAAGGACGUCUGUCUUUUGCCAGACUGUUUCUGUGGCGGAAAGGAUAUUCCUGGCGAUCUUCCCGUCGAGAGCGUACCGCAAAUAGUUGUGCUGACAUUUGACGAUUCGGUAAAUGAUCUCAACAAGGGAUUGUACUCCGACCUGUUUGAAAAAGGUCGUGUGAACCCCAACGGUUGUCCCAUCUCAGCCACUUUUUACGUAUCACACGAAUGGACCGACUACAGCCAAGUUCAGAAUCUUUAUUCAGCUGGACAUGAGAUGGCAUCACACACAAUAUCUCAUAGUUUUGGUGAGCAAUUUUCUCAAAAGAAAUGGAACAGAGAAGUAGGGGGGCAAAGAGAGAUAUUAGCCGCAUAUGGUGGAGUAAAACUAGAAGAUGUAAGAGGAAUGAGAGCCCCUUUCCUUUCUGUCGGAGGCAACAAGAUGUUUAAAAUGUUAUAUGAUUCCAACUUUACAUAUGAUUCCUCUCUACCUGUAUAUGAAAACAAACCUCCCAGCUGGCCUUACACGCUCGACUACAAAUUGUUCCACGAUUGCAUGAUUCCACCUUGCCCAACGAAAUCAUACCCAGGUGUUUGGGAAGUUCCUAUGGUGAUGUGGCAGGACCUGAAUGGUGGCAGAUGUUCUAUGGGAGACGCUUGUGCUAACCCAUCCGAGGCUGAGGGCGUCUACAAAAUGAUUCUGAAAAACUUCGAUCGUCAUUACACUUCCAACAGAGCACCAUUUGGUCUCUUCUAUCACGCUGCCUGGUUCACUCAGGCUCAUCACAAGGAAGGCUUCAUCAUGUUCCUGGACUUUAUUAACAAAAUGAAGGAUGUAUGGAUUGUCACCAAUUGGCAAGCCCUCCAGUGGGUCAGAGACCCUACUCCAAUAUCCAGGCUUAACAGUUUCCAGCCAUUCCAAUGCAAUUACCAAGGCCGACCGAAGAAGUGCAACAACCCAAAGGUCUGUAACCUUUGGCAUAAAUCCGGGGUACGAUACAUGAGGACUUGCCAGCCGUGUCCCGAGAUUUACCCCUGGACGGGAAAAACCGGUAUCAGAUCCUCGCGUAUCGACAACGAAAUUGAAGAUAAAUAAAUUUAAGAACUCGCAUGUUUUUGAUCCACUAACUUAGCCAACGUGGCAUGGAUCAAUAAGGCAGAAAUUGUUUUCUCCAAAGUGCCAUGAUGGUCACAAAGCAAACAAUUUCGUGUGAUUCGAAUUUGUAGUAAAUAAAUUUAAUAUAGGAAUUGUAUUGGAAACUGUGAUAUUGUAAGUUUUCAAUCAUCUAGGAUGAGAAACACUUCGAAAACUGCCUAUUUUAAGUUUGAUAGAUAAAUACUCGGUGCAAUGUUUUGCAAUAUAUUACAUAAUUAUCGAAUUUCAUUGCUUCAUGUUUCAAAUCUGAUAACUCUGGUACAAAAGCCAUAUUAAAAUUUAGACAUUUCUUGCCAGCUUUGUGGUUGACACUGCCUCUUUGUAAAUAUAGUUAUUUUAGCGUAGUUGUAUGAUUUUCUAGAAUGAAUGAAUUUAAAGUGGGUUGUGGAGACGUCUGUUUACAUCGCAUAGAUGAAACACACGUCUUUACGACUGAAAGUAUUCUAAAAUAACUCCGAAAAUUAAAUUUUGAAGCAAAAAGUCGAUUAUUAACGCUUGAUGCGAAGCUUUUGCUUGCGAUAUUUAUAACGAUUAGAUAAGUAUUGUAAAUAUAGGGUAAUAUUUAAUAUGUGUAGUUCCAUUUUGUACAAUUAUUUUUGUGAAUUCCUACCGAUGCGAUUCCCCGAUUUGACUUAUGCGUUGUUUAAGCAAAAUGUAAUGUGAUUUUUAUAAGACAUUGUAAUUUGAAAAUGAUCCAGAAUAAAAUUAUUUAAUUUGA